ACUCUUCAGAAUAAUGGAAUCUAAACCUUGAGAAACAAGGGGCUUGUUUUUUUUUUUUUCUUUUUUUCUUUUCCCAUUUUUGUGUAUACUUUUUUGUUGUAAAACAAGAAAAAGAAAAUCUUGGGUUAAAAAUUAGAAAAUUCAAAGAAAACCAAAAAGAUGGCGGGAGGUGGAUUUGUUUCUCAAGGUGGUGGAACGCACCACGAGGGAAAUGUAAAUACUUUUGUUAUUAUCACUUGUUUGGUUGCUGCAAUGGGCGGUCUCAUCUUUGGAUAUGAUCUUGGAAUUUCUGGAGGGGUGACUUCAAUGGAACAUUUCCUCAAGCAGUUUUUUCCAUCAGUUUAUGAACAAGAAGCCAAGGCAUCUGGAGGGAACCAAUACUGCAAGUUUGACAGCCAGUUACUCACACUAUUUACAUCUUCACUAUACUUGGCAGCACUAGUCGCUUCUUUCUUUGCUUCAAUAGUAACCAGGGCAUUUGGAAGGAAAAUGUCAAUGCUCACUGGGGGUUUAGUGUUUUUGGUGGGUUCGAUCUUAAAUGGUGCUGCCGUCAAUGUUGAAAUGCUAAUCAUCGGUCGUUUGUUACUUGGUGUUGGUGUUGGCUUUGCCAAUCAGUCUGUUCCAGUUUAUCUAUCGGAAAUGGCACCUCCAAAGAUUCGAGGAGCUCUAAAUAUCGGUUUCCAAAUGGCCAUUACCAUAGGCAUUCUAGUCGCAAAUCUUGUUAACUAUGGAACGGCUCAAAUUAAAGAUGGUUGGGGUUGGAGGCUUUCUUUGGCUCUUGCAGCAGUUCCAGCAAUAAUGAUGACCGUUGGUGCAUUCUUUCUACCUGACACUCCUAACUCAAUCCUCGAGCGAGGCGACAUGGAGAAGGCACGGCAGAUGUUGAAAAAAAUUCGAGGGUUGGAAAAUGUGGAUGGGGAAUUUCAAGAACUCGUUGAUGCAUGUGAGGCAGCAAAGAAAGUGCAACACCCAUGGAAGAACAUCAUGCAACCAAGAUACAGGCCUCAACUUGUCAUUUGCUGCGUCAUCCCAUUCUUCCAACAGCUUACAGGAAUCAAUGUGAUUACAUUUUAUGCUCCUGUUCUCUACAAAACUCUGGGUUUUGGUGACAGUGCUUCACUUAUGUCUGCUGUUAUAUCCGGUGCUGUUAAUGUCCUUGCAACAAUCGUAUCUAUUGUCACAGUUGACAAGUUUGGUCGAAAAUUUUUGUUUCUCGAAGGAGGUGCCCAAAUGUUCAUCUCCCAGGUUGCAGUUGGAAGCAUGAUAUGGAAGACCUUCGGAGUUAAUGGUGAAGGAUCAAUGUCAGGAGGAGUAGAAGCAGACAUCCUAUUGGCUCUAAUCUGCGUAUAUGUGGCAGGAUUUGCAUGGUCUUGGGGCCCAUUGGGUUGGUUAGUACCAAGUGAAAUCUGCCCGCUAGAGAUCCGAUCAGCUGGACAAGCGAUAAAUGUGUCGGUGAACAUGCUUUGGACAUUCGUCAUUGGUCAAUUGUUCCUGUCGAUGCUUUGCCACAUGAAGUUUGGUCUCUUCUAUUUCUUUGCAGGGUUUGUGGCGCUUAUGACCAUUUUCAUUUACUGGUUCUUGCCUGAGACCAAGAAUGUACCAAUCGAGGAAAUGAACAGAGUGUGGAAGGCACAUUGGUUUUGGGGGAAGUUCAUUCCAGAAGAUGCAGUGAUUGGUCCUCAUGUUAGUAUGGAACCCUUUGGCAAAGGUGUCUGACUUAGAAGUUGCAGCAACACAGCAAUAAGAUUUGUUCUGUGUUUGGAACUUAGAUUUUUGGUAGGAUAUGAGAUAAUUACAAUAAGAAGAGAGUUGUCUUAAUUUUGAUUCUUAAUGAAUGUAGACAUAUCUCACAAUUUUGCCUAACUCAUUCUAAGAUGCUCAAUUUGGGCUUUUAUGGGUGCCUUUGAGAGUGCUUUGUAAUGAUGUUAUAAAUAAGCAGUUGAGUAAAAAAUAGGAUUAUGAUGUUUGGUUCUA